CAGGCAGAGAAUAUUCGGGAUUUGAGGCAGAUCAUGGUGGAAACAAGAUUGAUAUAUUAUCCCGCCCUGCUCGUCUACCCUUCUCUUUAGGCAUCCAACCUCUAUACUUCGUAUGUUAUACUGAUCUAAGCUGUGCGCACAUUCAUCAUUACGACUUAAAACAUCUGCAAUCAUGAUAAUCCCUGUGGUUUUUGGUCUGGCCUUGUUGCCAUACUUUGGCGCAGCGUAUCUCGACGAGCCUCCCACCACCGCAGCUCCCGAUACCAUUCCGGAAUGCUCGCUGUGGCAUAUUGUCACAGAGACCGACACUUGCGCAAGUAUCAGUGCAGACUGGUUCAUCACCGAAGCGCAGUUCUCCACUUACAACCCAAGCGUAGCCGACAGCUGCGAGCUCGUCGUAGGAAACUCCUACUGCGUCGAGAAGAACUGGGGCAUCCCUGACCCAACUCCUACGAGCACUACUCCGACUCCGACUCCGACUCCAAUGUCGCCUGCGGCUUUGGCAGCUUGCGAAGCUGAAGCUGGAGGGUACAAGAGUUACUGUGAGCGUUGUGCUUACCGCUGCACAGAUGAAGCCGUGUACUCUGGCUGUUUUGACAACACGUUCAGGACCAUCAAUUACUACGAUAGUCAAUGUUGGCAACACGGCGGGAGAGAUUGUGAGAACCAGGCAGCCGACAUUGUCUGUCCGCGGGGAUAAAAGUCAGAUUGAAGCAAUGUCAUUCAGAAGACGUAGAAAAUGAAAAUUGUGCAAGACCAUGCCUUUCAUGGAUAUGAAUGUUCCCCGCGUGGUAUCGUUAU